AUGGAGAAACAAAAAGAAAAAGAAAUAAAAGAAAAGAAAAAAGAAGAAGAAAAAAAGAAAAAAGAAGAGAAAAAGAAAGAAAAAAAGAAAGAUUCACCAACAUCAACAUCAACAUCAACACCAACACCAACAUCAUCAUCAACAUCAUUAUCAAAUUCAAUUAAUAGUAUUAACGGUAAUAACAUGAAUAAUAGUAUGAAUAAUAGUAUAAACAACAAUAAUAAUAAUAUGAAUAGUGUUAAAAAUACUACCACAACUACAACAACUACAACCACAACUACAGCCUCUUUCCCAAUCAGUAGACCCAAUAAUAAUAAUAAUAAUAAUAACAAUAAUAAUAACAAUAAUAAUAAUUAUGGAUUUAAUAAUAUGAAUAAUAAUAAUCGUAAUUAUAAUAAUAUGAAUAAUAGUAUUAACAAUAAUAAUUACAACAAUAACAACAAUAACAACAAUAACGACAAUUAUAACUAUAACUACAAAAGAAGAAAUAGUCUUCUCAUGGCUAAUAGACUCUUGUAUCACAAUGAAAUUUUCCAUAGUAAUAUAGUGUAUAGCAAGGAUUCAAGAGAAACCGUUAAGGAUUGGUCACCUCAAAAAGUUAUUGAUUGGUUAAUAUCAUUAAAAUUCCCCACAGAAAUCAUUUCUGUUCUUGAAGCUCGUGCAAUAGAUGGAAAAACAUUAAUUUUUAUUUCUGACAGUUUACCUAAUGAUAUUUUAUUAGGUUCCUUAGGUAUGACUGCUAUGGGCGAUAGAUUAAAAUUCAAAACCUAUUUAGAAAAGUUAUUAGCCCCAAAAUAA